AUGUCUUCUUGUAACAUCAAAGAUGAUACUAACCAACUCCACAUUAUUUUCUUACCUUAUAUGGCACCAGGCCAUUUGAUGCCUAUGGUUGAUAUAGCUAGAGUUUUUGCUAACCAACCCAACACCAAAGCCACCAUUAUCACCACCCCAGCAAACGCCGCUCGCUUCCACAGCACAACCAGUCGCGACGUCGCGAUUCUUAACGUCUCUCUACCAUUAAAGGAAGUUGGCCUACCUGAAGGUUGUGAAAAUUUGGUGUCAACUCCUACAAGAGAAACCACAUUUAAGCUAUUUAAAGCCAUUGAAAUGCUUCAUCCUAAGCUUGAAAUCAUGUUGCUUGAGAAUAACCCUGAUUGUAUUGUGUCUGAUUAUCUUUAUCCUUGGACAGUUGAUGUUGCACAUAAACUUGGUAUCCCAAGAUUGGCAUUUAGUGGUGGUUGUUUCUUCAACAAUUGUGUUUGUUUUAAUCUUGAAAAAUAUCGUCCACAUGAUCAUGUUUUAUCUGAGAAUCAAGAGUUUGUUGUUCCAAAUUUACCAGAUGAAAUUGUUUUAACAAGAUCACAACUUCAAGAUAUUGUCAAAGGUGACACUAAAUUUAAUCAGUUGUUUGAAAGAAUUAGACAAGCUGAGAUGAAUAGUUUUGGAGUAUUAAUGAAUAGUUUUUAUGGGUUGGAAUCUCAUUAUGCAAAUUAUUUCAAAAAUGAGAUGGGUAUUAAUUCAUGGCAUAUUGGUCCAUUGUUUUUGUUUAAUAAGCCUAUAUUAGAUGAGAAAACUACAAUUGAAGGCCAAAGUUGCUUAGAUUGGCUUAAUUCAAAAGUGUCUAACUCUGUACUUUACAUUUGUUUUGGAAGUUUAACCCGUUUUACGAAAUCACAACUCAUUGAAAUGGCAAGUGCUCUUAAAGAUUCAGGAUGUUCUUUUAUAUGGGUUUUAGGGAAAGUUUUGAAAUCUAAUGAAAGUAAGGAUCAAAAUAAGGAGGAAGAAUGGUGGUUACCUAAUUGGUUUGAAGAUAACAUGAAAGAGACUAAUGAUGGACUUGUAAUAAGAGGGUGGGCCCCACAAGCAAUGAUUCUCGAGCAUCGAGCAAUAGGGGGAUUCUUAACUCAUUGUGGAUGGAACUCGAUACUAGAAGGGGUGUGCGCCGGUGUGCCAUUGAUUACAUGGCCAGUUUUUGCUGAUCAAUUCUACAAUGAGAAACUUGUUACACAAGUACUUAAGAUUGGAGUAGAAGUUGGGAACAUGGUGUGGAAAGCAUGGGCAAUUGAUGAAACUGAAAUAGUUGAGAAAGAGAAGAUAAAGAUAGCCAUUAAAAGGGUUAUGGGAGAAGGAAAAGAAGGAGAAGAAAUUCGAAAAAAAGUUAAAGAGUUUAGCGAGUUAGCACAUAAAGCUGUUAAAGAAGGAGGAUCAUCAUAUAACGAUGUUAAAGCACUCUUUGAAGUUAUUAGAUUGCAGAAACAGGAAAGAUUAUCAAAAGAGUAG